GGAAUUAUCUUCCUACCAAAACACUUGACUGAAUAAUCAUUAUUUCAUCAUCAAACACCUCCUAAAUAUACUCUCUCAAAAACCCAAAAAAUUAAAAUGAAUUUAGUGGUUCCACUUGUUUAGACCCUUCCAUUUCUUCUUCUUCUUCUCUACUUUACGCAUUCUGCAUUUUCUAGAAGAUUUUUCUCUGUUCCCUUCACAUUUCUUGGAAUAUCCCCACCGACCCAGAUCGGAUUCUUGCAAAAUUAAUCAAGUUUCCUGUUACCCAUUUCAGAUUCUGUUGGCAAUUGAGAGUGACAACUUAGUAGAGUGUUUUUAAGGAAAAAGAAAGGAUUUUUAGUGCAUAAAGAUAAUAUCUUUAGUGGGUUUUAAGUUAUUUUUGGGUAAAUGAAAUGCAAAUCUGUUGUUAAGGACAGUUUUCAUGGGGUCUUGUUUUAGUAUUGAAGAAGAUGAAUCAGAACCGCGACCACAAAACAAGCCAGUUGGCCAUGGAGUUGGUGCAUAUCCCAGGUCAAAUCCUGUAAUUCCCCAGAACACAAAUCUUAAUGCUCAUGACACUGAAAAGGCAAACAGCAUUGUGGUGAUUCCCAAAAAUGUCAAGGACCUGCGGCAGAAUCCUGGGAGUAGCGACCUUGAUAUUUUCACAUAUGAAGAGAUGAAGUUGUCUACCAAGCACUUUCGACCAGAUAAGGUACUCGGAGAGGGUGGGUUUGGCAUUGUCUACAAAGGAGUUAUUGAUGAAAAUGUCAGACCAGGAUACAAGACCACAUAUGUUGCCAUUAAGGAGCUUGAUCCAGAAAGUCUUCAGGGCGACAGAGAGUGGCUGGCAGAGGUGAAUUACUUGGGGCAUAUUCGACAUCCGAAUCUGGUGAAGCUGAUAGGAUAUUGCUGUGAGGAUUACCAUAGACUGCUGGUUUAUGAAUAUAUGGCAUCUGGCAGCCUGGAAAAGCACCUUUUUCCAAGAGUGUGUGCUACUCUAUCUUGGUCAAGAAGAAUGAGAAUUGCUUUGGAUGCUGCUAAAGGGCUUGCUUUUCUUCAUGGAGCUGAAAGGCCUAUAAUAUAUAGAGACUUCAAGACGUCAAACAUUUUGUUGGAUGCGGAAUUUAAUGCAAAGCUUUCUGACUUUGGACUUGCAAAAGAUGGGCCCAUGGGAGAUCAAACACAUGUAUCAACUCGUGUGAUGGGCACUUAUGGCUAUGCUGCUCCAGAGUAUGUCAUGACCGGACAUUUAACAGCCAGAAGUGAUGUUUAUGGUUUUGGCGUUGUUUUGCUUGAAAUGCUCAUUGGAAGGAGAGCAAUGGACAAAAGUAAACCUAGCCGGGAACAUAACCUUGUUGAGUUUGCUCGACCUCUCUUGAAUCAUGGCAAGAAGCUUUUCAGGAUAAUUGACCCCAGACUGGAUGGUCAAUACUCCUCUAAAACUGCUUUGAAAGUUGCUAAUCUAGCCUAUCAAUGCCUAAGUCAAAACCCAAAGGGGAGGCCUGUCAUGAGUGUCGUUGUUGAAAUACUUGAAGCCCUUCAACCACAAGAUAAAGGUGAAGAGGCACUUCUUAUGACUGGAGGUGGCAGUGUCACAUUGUAUGAAGCUAAAGCAAACCCACUCAAAUGUGAAAGUGGAAGGGAAGCUGAUGCAUCAAAGAGUAAUCAAACAAAUGGAAGAAGCAAGAGUGAGCUACCAAAGGAGUGUGAUCUUUAUAGUCCUUCACCUGAUCUUGUACUUGACGUGGGAUCAGUUUCUUCAAGAAGUUGAAAAGCUAAGAUGAAGCUAAUGUUGUACCAAAUGUAUCUUUGCUAAUCCGCAUUACAUAUCUUUUCUCUUAGCAUUCCUUCAUUGGAGGAACUAUCAAUAUUUGUAAGACAUCAUGUGUCGCUCCGCGUCUAUUUUGUAUUGUUGUAUUGAGGAACUGCUUUAGCAAUGAGACAUUUGGUCAUAUUAGGGAAACAAUAAGGUCUUUCCGAAGGAGAGGCAGGCGUCUAGCAUCAUUUUGACCAAAUAUAUUGGUAU